AUGUCAAGGCUGAAAAUCGAUCGCAAGCCUCCACUUCCAAAAUCCCCCAUCAGGCUCCGUCCUCGUCGUGUUCUUCGAUCAGAAUCCAACAUCACACAAACUCCUCCUGGUUCUUUGACUAAAUCCCAGAAACCAAACCGAAAAUGGGACGUGGAAGAAUCUGAUCUCCGCCCCGAAUACCAGUCGAUAUCCUGCGAAUUACGUGCUCUGGCGAGGAUGGUUCGCAACGAGAUUGGAAAUGGGGAGUCAACUAAUGGUGGGAUUGGUAAAAGCUUGAGUGCAAAUUCUAGUCCUCUGUUUGCGAGAGGCAGGUUUUAUGAAGAGUAUUCUGCUAGGAGAAAUGAGAAGCUGAAGAGAAAGAAAGGAGACACAGGAGAUGAUGUGAAGACUCCCUAUAAUCUUGGAGUUACUGUCGAGUCUUCGAAAAGGAGGGAUACAAAGAAGCUUGAGAGCUUGAGGAAAUCUGUGUCUGCUGCUUACUCUGUGGAGAGAAAUGAGAAUCCAAGGUACAUGUUGAGGAGCAUGAGUAAAGAGAACAAGAAGCCUCCUUUGCCUGUUUACAGUCAUGAGAAAUUUGUGCCUGCAAGUGAAAGGAAAGUCACUUCUCGGAAGGUUAGGAAAAUAUAA